CCUCUAUUGUGUAUCCUCAAUUGUGUGAUACCAAUUCCGCUAAGAUUUUACAGAGCUCGAGUUCGAUUCUCAGCAAUGGCUUCCACAGAUGAUCAGGUGAAUACACCGGAAGAAGUUGUCCCUGCAGUUGCUGAAGUUCCUCCAGAGGCUGAGACAGCCGCUGCGGAAACAGAGCAGGCCGAGGCCAAGCCGACAAAGGAGAAGAAGGCCAAGCCUGUGAAGGAAAAGAAGCCCAGGGCUCCCAAGGCAACCCCUGCUCACCCCCCUUAUUUUCAGAUGAUUAAGGAGGCGAUUUCUGCUCUUAAGGAAAAGGGCGGUUCUAGCCCUCGCGCAAUUACAAAAUUCAUGGAGGAGAAGCACAAGGCCGUGCUUCCCCCGAAUUACAAGAAGAUGCUGGCUAUCCAGAUCAAGAAGCUGGUUGUCAGUGGAAAGCUUAUCAAGGUGAAAGGCUCCUUCAAGCUUUCUGAGAAGACAGCAUCCAAGAAGGUCGUAAAGAAAGCUGCAAAGCCUGCGGCAAAAUCGGUCUCAAAGCCCAAGCCUGCCUCAAAGGCUGCAAAGCCAGCAGCUAAAAAGGCUGUUAAGAAGGUCGCAAAGGCCCCUGCUGCAAAGCCUUCUGCUGCGAAGCCUUCUGCUGCGAAGCCUUCCAAGGCUGCAAAGCCAGUUGCCGCGGUGAAGAAACCUGCUGCCAAGAGGCCAGCUCCGGCAAAGAAAACUGCCGCGGCGAAGCCAGUAAAGGCGAAGAAGCCUAAAUCUAUCAAGUCCGUGAAGAAGACUCCUGCAAAGUCCAAGCCUGCUGGCAAGGCUCCUCCUGCUAAGAGGGCAAAGAAGGCGGCUAAAUGAGAGAGCUAGGUUUCUCUCUUUUUGCUUAAAGAUUUGCAUGAAGUGUAGGAAACGAAUGGUGUUCUUUAACACCACCUUUUGGUAGAGGUUAAUGGCUGCCCUUCUGGCUUCUGUACAUUACUGCUGAAUGUUGAACUUUCCCUGUAAUUUAUGGGAUCAAUAACGUAGAUAUAGAAUCAUUUUGACUGUAAUUAGUUUGUCUUUUAGAUUUGAAAUCUAAUUGGAAUGCUCUCAAAUCGCGCUGAUGGAGGCUUGUUUA